UGCAUGCGACGCACCACUGGAGCAGCAGCAGCGGUCGCUUUGAGGUCGAGCGAGAGAGCCCCUAAGGGAGAGGGUGGCGCGCGCGAGAGGGUUGAAAAGAGAGAGAGAGAGAGGGAAACAGAGGGUGAGAGAGAGGGAGAGAGAGAGAGAUAGAUAGAUAGCAGCGUGCGCGCGUGUAGUAGAGAGGUACUAUCCUCAAAAGGAUAGAAGGACGGAUAACGAGGAGAAGGAAAGAGGGAGUGAGAGAGAUAGAGAUAGAUAGAUAGAGAGAGAGAAAGAGAGAGAGAGAGAAAGAGAGAGAGAGAGAGAGAGAAAUAGACAGUGGUUGAGAAAGAGGUGAAGAGAGCGUGUGUGUGCGCGCGCGCGUUCGCGCGUAGAGACGCGUGCGUCCUCGUGUGUGCUUGCGACGUAUCUCGGAUAGCAGGAUAGCAGAGAGAUGAAUGGACGGUUGGUCUGCCGUGCCUUAUCGCGACGAUGAUAUCGAGAAGAGGCCGAAUACGGGACUCCAUCGAGGCGUCUGCGGAAGCAUCGGGAGGACGAUAUGGCUUUGGGCCUGUGCUCCCUUCAUCCUCGUUUUCCAGGACGAAAUCGACUGAGGAUACUUUGUUCGAGACGGUGGUGAUUAUCGGAGAGGAAGAGCACUGUAACCGGCAGUGACCAUGGCGCCUCUCGUCGCGUGCGUGUAAACAGUGCUCAGAGACCACGUUCGAAUAGUGUCCUCCUUUGCUGCUAUUCCUCCCUUCCUUCUCUCACUCGCAUAACCCGAUAUCACCCCCUACUUCUCAAACAGUGUUCGGUCAUUUAUGUGUUGUGCGAGGCAUCAUCGGUUUAACUGCGGGGCGAGAAAGAAAUAAAGGAAAAAAGAGAAUGAGAGAAUGAGAGAGAAAAAGAUACGCCUGGUGGAUAUGUCUUGAGCGUAACGGCGGACGAACGUGUGUGCGGUCGGUCGAGGUAAAAGCGUGACGAUAUCGAAGAACACAGUGACUCGUUGCUGCUGUUAAGUAGCAUAUAUACAUAUAUAUAUAUUUAUGUAUAUAUAUGUGUAUGCAUGUGUGAUAGAGAAAUUGAAGGAUCGUGCGAGUGACGGAUGUGGCGACGUGGGAAAAUACGCUGACGAUUUUCGUACGUUCGAUCGGCUUUGCCAAUUUCCAACCAUUCCUAAAUACCCCGCGUGAUUGUCUCUCUCUCUCUAUAUAUAUAUAUAUAUUUUUCUCUCUCUCUCAUUCACUCACUCUCUCUCUCUUUCUUUCUCUAAUUAUCAUUGUGUACAAAGUUCGCCCACGUUAAUCAAGUCAGUUGCAAUGGUGUUGCACGAGGUGGUGAUCUUCUACGAGACCAAUUUGGAUAGAGGAAGCUCAGCACCUUUGUGUUCACCUUUAUUGACGCAUACUCACAGAAGACUGAGGUGUAUCAUCCCACAUUCGAAACAACAUAUCGCUUAUCCACCAUAAAAGGGGGAGAAGGGUGAUGGCCCGUACCACGCGCUCGCGACGAAAAAUGGCGAAUACGAGCGAUGCUCCCUCAACUGCGAGCAGCCUUUUGUCGAACACGACGACGACGCCUUUCAGCAACCCCACGUCAACGACCUACUCGACUGAGGGCUAUACCUUCAAUUACAGCGACCUCGCGAAUUUCGCCGGUUACUCUUUGGAUGAGUUGAAUUACACAGGACUUUGGGUGGACGUGUUGAACGGUACCGAGGUUGCUGAUAACGUGACCGAGAGGUUAAAUACCACCGUAUUGAUACCCGGUGGCUACUGUGACGAGUGGGAGGCAGCCCAACACAAGCUCUUCCAGGCAGCGAAUAUAUUUUACAUGGUGGCCUUUCUGGUGCCGCGUUCGUUUAAGGCCUCCGUCUUGGCCCUUCGUACGUUUCUAACGGCCGGAUUCAUGCUUGCUGCGUUGUGGGCCGGUAUCACUAUAUGUGCUCUCGACGCCAUGCUUUGGAAUCUCAUACUCGGGCUUUUAAACGGCAUACACUCCUUGAUACUAGCUUGUCGAUUUUUACCGCCUGCUCUCAGCCCGGAACUCGCGGAGCUGUACCUCAAGCUCUUCAAGCCUUACAAGGUCAGCAAGAAGCACUUUCAAGAAUUGGCCAAAGAAGCGAGGAUACUCAAAUUGGAUCCUGGUCAAACAUACGCGACCGAAGGUAUCACGCCCGCGGACGAAAGGCUAUCAAUACUCUUGCGUGGACAGCUGAACGUGACGUGCGACGGUACACACCUGCACCAUGUCAGAGCUUAUCAAUUCGUCGAUUCGCCCGAAUGGGAGGCCACGCACGAAAACAUCGAUGACGUCUUCCAGGUAACGAUACGAGCCGAGGAAUCAAGCACUUACAUCUGUUGGACUAGGCUAAAAUUGCUGAGGGUAUUAAGGCAUAGGCCGUUACUAAAAAUCGUUCUCAACACCCUCAUCGGUAAGGACAUUACGUCCAAGUUAUACGCCCUUAACGAGCAACUCGCUGACGUCUCAACGGUCAGUGAGAACACCACGUCGAAUCCUUACAGAGGCGUCGCCAGAAGUCUUAGCGUAGACGCCGUAAACACAGAAACUGCCGGAAGAGUUCGUUCUACCACGUGGAAGGCGCAAAGGAGGCAUAGUAAUCCCCGUAGCGACAGAAGUUCACCGGCCCGAUAUUCUCAUCAGUAUUGGGCGCCUGUGGUGGCGAAUCAUUUUCCACCGACUUCGCCCUUCACCCAGGGCCAAAACCUCGGGUAUUCGUUACUGCCGCAAGGUGUUCAAUUCUCGCCACCACGGCGGGCGCCACUCAUUUCACAUCCGCCACUGACUCGGCAACGUAGUGGUGGUGCAGGUGGCGAUUACACCUUGCUACCUCAAACACCGAAGCUUGAUAGGAAGCGUUCGAAAAAGGGCACGAGGGAGGUGACGUUUGAAACACCUGUAUGACGGUCGCUCGACGGGGAGGGCCCAGCCAGCGUACCGCUUCUUUCGCUGUCUCCUUUACGUUUUGCCUAGCCCCGUCGAGGUCUCGAGAAUCUUAAGAAGCAAGUCAAAUUCAAAAAGGGAUUCUCAUUGCUAGAAGAUUCACCCCCAAGGCGUAGUUUUUGGUGGCGGCGUUCAGCCGAUAAGACGCAAGAUGGAGGAAUAAGAAGAGGAGGCCUAUUGGCUGAACUUCGAGUCCCCACACCUGGCCUCUCCGCCUCCUCUUCGAUAUCUAUACGGACUUAUCAGGAUGAUCCGGACGUCGAAGAGACGACACUGUGGUUCUAAAAAAGAAAAAAAAAAGUCAUUCGACGAAGCUCCUUCUGGGUCUGCCAGGCUCCUUUAAAAAAGAAAAAAACAAACAGAAAAAAAUAAUAUUUACACUCGUUCGGACUCCUUCCUCAGACUUUUUCGUAAAUAUCGCGAGUGCUACGAGCCUUAUACACAUACACACACACACACAUACAUACAUACAUAUACACAGGUGCUGCAUGUACAGCCGAAAAAAAACGAACGAAAUGAACUUUAACUCGCUAUAAGGAAUAAAAAAUAAAAGAAGUUAAAAAAAGAGGAUCCGCGAAAGCGUGAAUGCAUCGAGGUCGGACUAGAAGGGAGUCGAAGGACGAAACGUGGUAAAACCGGCAGGGCGGGGUGGGCCAGGGAAAAGGGAGGGAGGAAAUGGAAAAGCUUUUUUACCUUCACCGAAGAACGUCCUUCCUAAUUUUUCGAGGAAUCUCUAUUUAUACGUCUCUCUUUCUCUCUCUCUCUCUCUCUCUAUCUUCCUUUUUGCAAAUGUGAAGAAAGUUGAAAAGAGAGAGAGAGAGAGAUAGAGAGAUAGAGAGAGAGGAAAAAAAAUGAAGAAAAAAAAGGGGGUUGAAAGAAAAGAUCGGAGUAUAUUUUCGCGUAAUAUCUUCAACGUGGAUAGAUACUCCGUUUAUUACAAUACAUCCACACAUCGACUGUGAUUAUAAUAACGGAUAUAAUUCUUAAGUAUUUCAAGAGGGUAUAGCGAAAAAUCGAUUAUGUUGAAUAAUACCUGUUGAAACUGUAAUUCUCUCAGCGACAUCGAUCUUUACCAUUUAAAUACGAUGGUCUUCGUAUCGUAAACGUUCGAGAAAAAGGAUGCAUCAUGCGCGCGAGGGUUUUCCAAAAUCAAUCAUUUAACAACACCUGAAUUGCCUAAAAACGUGUUGCACACGCGCGUUUUAUUCCUCUUCCGUGUCUUUCCAUGAUCAAUAGACGACACUCACACACACACACACACACGUUCCUAUAGAUUUUUAACGUAUUACUUUGUCGUUCUUUUAUUUAUUUAUUUAUUUAUCACAAACGGUAAGAUUUAUUUUUACAAAUGAUAUUCCUAUACGAAUAUUAUGUGAUUUUUCAUUUAACAUUUAACGUUGAUCGCACAUUGACGUGCAUUAAAUGUAACAUUAAACACGUUCUUGUUGGUCAGACUGUUUUUCUUUGUUUCCUUUCUCGUUUACUCGAUUUCUUUUUAUAAAUUUUACGAUUAAAUAAGUAUCGUGUUGAUACUAAUCGUUAAUUCUCUAUCUCUCUCUCUCUCUCUCUCUCUCUCUCUCUCUCUCUCUCUCUCUCUCUCUCUCUCUAUUUUUGGUGAAAUAAAGAAGAAAAAAGAAAAGGAAAUAAAGAAAAUCAUUAGUCUUCCUUCGAGUUUUUCAUCGACGUGUCCAAGCCGUAUCGAUCGUGGGAUAGGUGCAUAAAAACAAACAAGUGAAAAAAAAAGAAAAAAAAAACAAAGUUCCACUCGUCAGAAAAAAAAAAMSRWUAACUCGGCGCAACACGAAGAUCUCUGAUCACGAACGAACCCCGAUGCUUGCACUUAUUCAAUAUACGAUACACCAUAGAUCAUAAUCACCUUCCCACCACUCAUUCCAUCAUCAUUCACGCCAGACUCUCUCCAUAUAAAUAACGCUUUAGAAAAAAAUCACGUUCCGCGUUACACGAAAUUAACUUCUACGGACAAAAAUGAAACACGAGAGAGAACAUUUGAAGUGUGAGAGUUUAUCCAGAAUCUAACGCAAUAAGUGCUUUGUUUAAAGAAAAGAAGUGAA